AUGUUACGACAUAUAUAUAUAUCUUUACUUCUUUUUUCUUCAAAAAUGAAAGAGAAGUAUAUAAACAUAACUAAAUAUGGUAUUUUAAAAGUAUCACAAAAUUUUGCAAAAAUAUGUAAAAAAUACUUAUCAUCUCAAAGUGACAUUAAAAAUAAAAAAUUUUCGUAUUUAAAUUUUAAUAAAAAAUAUGGGACAUUUUAUCACGAUCUUGAUUUUAUGAAACGUAUUUUAUCAAAUAAUAAUGAAAACAAACAAUUAAAUGAAAUUAAAAAUAAGAAUGGGAAAUUUAUUACUAUUAUAUUAAAUAAUACUUUAGAUAAAUAUGCAAGUAAAAUAAUUACUAACUCAGAUAUUUUGAUUUGUGCUGAUGGUGGAGCAAAUAGGCUAUAUAAUUUUUGUUUAAAAUUAGAAAAGGAGAACUUUGUGAAUAAGAAACAUGAUUUAAAAAAUAGGAAUGAAGAAAACAUUAAAUUAAAAAUAGAAACAAAUAAAAAUGAAAAUGUUGAAAAUAUUAAUAUAGAAGAUUUCUCUAUAGAAAGUAUGAGUAAUUUAGAUAUUAAUAUAUCAGAGAUAGAAAAAAAAAAUAUUUUACAUAAAAAAAUAAAAGAAAAAAGCAAUGAUAAAAAUUUGAAAAAUAAAGGAGAAUAUACGGACGAAAAUAUUUCUCAUGACAAGUUGGUUAAUAUAUUUGCUAUACCAGUAAAGAGAAAUAAAAAUGAUUUAAAUUCUCCUCUUAAAAUUUUACCAGAUUUAGUAUGUGGUGAUUUUGAUAGUAUAAAAUCAGAAGUUUAUAAUUAUUAUAGAAGUAAAUCAGUUUUAUUUGAGAAAUGUAAAGAUCAGGUUAGUACCGACUUAGAUAAAUGUAUAGAUAAAAUAAAAAGGUAUAUUAAAGAAAAUGAUAAAAUAAUAGUGUUGGGAGCAACAGGAAACAGGUUUGAUCAUACCUGCGCAAAUAUCUCAUCUCUGUAUAAAAAUAAUUCUUUAAAUAAUGUAUAUUUAAUAGGUGAAAAUAAUUUCUUAUUUUUAUUAAGAGAAGGAAAUCAUAAUAUAAAUAUAAAUUUAAAUAUUUUUGAAAAAAUAUGUGGAAUUUUGCCAAUUGGUAAGAAAUGUCAAGUUAAAACAGAAGGAUUAAAAUAUGAAUUAGAUUAUAAAUAUUUAAGUUUCGACACUUUAAUAAGCUCAUCAAAUGAAGUUGUUCAAAAUGAAAUAAAAAUUUUUAAUGAUUCUCCUGUUAUAUGGUAUUCUCAAUUAAAAGACAUUUGA